GAGUCAGAUGCAAAAGUCGGAGUAGAACGAUUUCUUAAUUUUUCACUUGACACACAAGUUGAAGAUGAUAUGAAAUUAUUGUCCAUGUUUCAGGUAUGCUAACAUUGAUCGGUUCAUCUGUGAAGUGCUUGAUUCAAUUUCAAAGAAAAUGCAUGUUUCGGAGGUUGAAGCAGUGGAUGUGAUUGCAUCUCCGUGACAGUUGCAGGUCAAUGGCUUUGUUCAGUAGAAAACUUCAAUACUUUUUAGUUCCCACAUCUAUCAACAACGCUGCUUCCGUUGCAGUAAAGAAGUCCAUCAUUAUCCCCUCUCAGUUGGUCAUGCAAUCGAGCAAAGACUCAAUUGUCAAUUUUAUCUCCGACAUAUUCAAGGAAACCCAUAACUGGGAUACUCUCACUAGAACUUUAUCUUCUCUGCAAUUAACCCACUCCAUUGUUCAACAAGUACUUCUCCAACUCCAGCUGCCUGAUCAUGCAAGAUCUGCUUUGAACUUCUUUCACUGGUCAGCAAAGACCCAAAAUUUCCAACACCGGAUUUACUCUUAUUGCAUUGCAGUUCAUAUUUUGGUUCGUGCCCAACAAUUAGCCGAUGCUAAAGUAUUGCUCCACUCAGCUUUGAAAACAAGUGUAGCCGGGUCAACUAGAUACUGCAUGGUGGAAUCUUUACUAGUUAGUUACAAAGUUGUUGAUUCGAGUCCUUUGGUGUUCGACUUGUUGGUUCAAGCUUAUGCAAAGUUGAGAAUGUUUGAGGAUGGUUUUGAGGUUUGUUGCUGCUUGGAGAAAGGAUUUUGUCUGAACUUGUCAAGUUUUAAUGCCUUGCUUCAUGGGAUGCAAAAAUCUGGUGAAAAUGCAAUGGUUUGGAAGGUUUACGAGCAUAUGAUUCGCAAAAGGAAAUACCCGAAUGAAAUCACAGUAAGGAUAAUGAUUAGUGCUUUGUGUAAAGAAGGGAAGUUGCAAACUGUGGUAGAAUUGUUGGAUAGAAUUCAUGGUAAGAGAUGCUCUCCAAUAGUUAUUGUUAAUUCGAAUUUGGUGUUUAAGGUUAUAGAAGAAGGUAGAAUUGAGGAGGGUAUGGAAUUAUUAAAGAGCAUGUUGCAAAAGAACUUGAUUCUCGAUACCAUUGCUUCCUCUUUAGUUGUUUAUACAAAAUUGAAGCUUGGGAAUUUGGAGUCAGCAUGGGAGGUGUAUGACGAGAUGCUUAAGAGAGGCUUCAGUGCCAACACUUUUCUCUUUUCAUCGUUCAUUAAAGCAUAUUGCGACAGGGGCAAUAUUCAAGAAGCAGAAAGCAUGUUGCAAGAGAUGAAAAAUAUGGGUUUGAAGCCAUAUGAUGAAACUUUUAACCAUUUGAUCGUGGGAUGUUAUAAAGCUGGAGAAUUCAAAGCCGGUGUGGAGCACUUUGAGGAAAUGAUUAGUAGAGGACUCGUUCCAAGUCGUUCCUCAUUCAAUGAAAUGGUGAGAGGGCUUUGCGAAAAUGGGGAUUCAGAGAAAGCUAACGGGUUCUUAACCGUUGUGCUAGAUAAAGGAUUUACACCUGACCAAGUCACAUAUCUUCAUCUUAUGUCUGGUUAUGAAAAACAGGGGAAGAUGCAACAAGUUCUCAAGUUAUACUUCGAAAUGGAGUAUAGAUCACUAUCUCCUGGAUUAGCGAUUUUUUCAACGUUGAUUACAGGUCUUUGUAACUGUGGAAGGCUAGAGGAAGCUGAGAAGUAUUUAAGAAUAAUGGAAGAUCGUUGUAUAGGAUCGAGUGAGACAUAUGAAACUUUAAUAACAGGUCACCUCAAAAUGGUGACAAAACAAAGGCUGGCCUCCUUCAGAAUGAGAUGGCUGCAAGAAGGAUUGAAGUAGCUUAACAUUAUUUUA